GCUGCGACCAUGGCGACCUCCGACUUCACCAUAGCCACGCUCGUGGAUAUGUUUCCAAAUGUCCCGUUGGGCAGGAUUCGAACUGUGCUAGCCAGCACGCAUGGCGAUAUGGAUGCUGCCAUCGACAUGCUGCUCGACCCAUCGAAUGCAAGAAAGCGCAAGGCCAAACCCGACAUCCGGUGCUUUUUCCAGUCACAAUCAGUAGCGCGGCCACCACCAAAGAAAGUCCACAUCACCUCGAGCACACCUGCAGAUAGCCUCCACUUGACCAUGGCAUCGCUGGUGCCAUGGGACCCUGCCAAGGACCCGCAGAAGCCGAAGCUCCUUACGUUGCACACGCUAAACCAGCACGUGCCUUGCCUAUCGCUUCAAACCGAUUUUCUUCCUCACGACCAAGCCAGUGACAUGCUCACCGAGAUGAUGGCUGCGUCAGCCGACUGGAUUCGAACGAAAUGGGUCAUAGUGGACCGCGAAGUCGAGUCCCCGCACCAUACACAACUGUACGGUUUGGAAGAAGCGCAUCUGGCGCGGAAGGCGGAUCUGUACACCAACACUGGCACAGCCGCGACCAACAUGCAGCAGUUUACGCCCAUGCUGCAUGCCGUCAAAGACCCAGUCGAAGCAGCAGUGAAUCACGCGCUGGCUUCCCGUGUCAGGCAUCCGCUAGAAGCGCCGGGGCCAUGGGUGGCCAACCUCGCGCUGGGCAACGUGUAUCGAACCUCCGACCAAAGUGUGGGCUCUCACUCGGACACGAUGACGGAACUGGGGCCGCGACCAACCAUCGCAUCGUUGACUCUUGGAGCUGAACGAGUAUUUCGCAUCAAGCGCCUCGCGACAAGCACGACACCGGCGCAAACGUUCAACGUGAAAUUGCCGCACAAUUCGCUGUUGAUCAUGUUUCCUCCAUUUCAAGAAUGUUAUCGGCAUGAAGUCCCCCCACAACAGCCGUGGCAAGUCAAAGUCCAUCCCGUGGCCGGCGAAACGCGAGUAAACUUGACGUUUCGCAUGAUGCGAGCCAACUACGUGCGCCACAUGCCGCAGUGUCGGUGCGGAAAGCCCGCGGUGCUUCGAACCGCCAAUCGGCCGUCAAAGAAACACGUGGGAGAGUACUUUUACAUGUGUGCUGGCUCCGUGCCUGCUUCGUGCUCGUACUUUUGCUGGCUAAGGGAUCGACUGCCCUUGCUGUUGGAGGGAGCAGCAACCGCGACGGCUUCCAGAGAUUAUGGUGUUGAUGAUCAAAAGUCGUAGUAUAGUCCGAAUAGUGCUCGUUCACGUCCUGAUUUUAUAAAUUGGAAUUGUACCCACGCAUACGUUUGAGAGAUACUACAGGCAGGGCUCACGUGUACUACGCAGUAAAUGUUUGCACAU